AUGUGUGCCCCAGGAGCCGCGCUGGGAGCGGGAGACAGCCCCGGGGGAGCGCACUUGUGUCCUGCGGGGCUGGCGGAGGGACUCGUGGCAUCUGCCGAAGCCAACGCGCGUGUGUGCGCGUGCGUGUGCACGUGGGGCGCGGUGCGCGCCACGGCGGAGGGAGGGAAGGCGGCGGCAGGCCCAGCCCCCGGUCGCAGCGCCCGGGGCGGCUCCUCUGCGAGCCUAAGGGACCGCUCGCUGCGCUGCCGCCGCCGCCGCCGCCAGCUCUGCUACCGCCACCUCCAAGCGCUGGCCUGA